AUGGAUGCUGAUCAAUGCCAGACCGUACUCGUGCACUUGCCUAAUCACAGUGUCGUUUAUGACUUUUUCCGGGAAGUGCAUCUUUUCUACAAACCGAUCCAUACAUAUUUAUCAAUUAUAAUGUGCAUAUUUGGAACAGUUGCCAAUUUCUGCAAUAUUGUAGUGCUGACAAGGGAAGUGCAUCUUUUCUACAAACCGAUCCAUACAUAUUUAUCAAUUAUAAUGUGCAUAUUUGGAACAGUUGCCAAUUUCUGCAAUAUUGUAGUGCUGACAAGGUGA